CCAAGGGCCAGUCACCCGCGGGCGGGCGUGGGUCCCGCUGCUCUCUCGGCGCCCCGCCCCGCCCCGCCCGGCCCCGCCGUGGGACGGGUAACGGUUACCAAGCACUUUCUCAGGCGCGAUUUCUGCUUAGUCAUUGUCUUCCAGGAAACGGUCCCUUCAGUUGGGAGUCAGCUCUCCGGCGGCGGCCGCAGUAGCAGCAGCAGCCGCCGCGGCCAGCGCGUCCUUCCCGGGCCACCGCUCCGCCACCGUCCGGCCUCCCUCGGUCCCGAGCGCAGGUCGAGGUCCCGCCGCGUGGGGCGGCCAGCCUCGCGCUCGGCUCUCCGGCCUCGGGCACCGCGUCCUGCGGGGCGGCCUCCUUCCUCGCCUGCGGCCCCGUCGCUGCCUGGCCCGCCUCCGUCGGCCGCUGCCAUGGGCACCGACAGCCGCGCGGCCGGGGCGCUGCUGGCGCGGGCCCGCACCCUGCACCUGCAGACGGGGAACCUACUCAACUGGGGUCGCCUGCGGAAGAAGUGCCCGUCCACGCACAGCGAGGAGCUUCGAGAUUGUAUCCAAAAGACCUUGAAUGAGUGGAGUUCCCAAAUCAGCCCUGAUUUGGUCAGGGAAUUUCCAGAUGUCUUGGAAUGUACCGUAUCUCAUGCAGUAGAAAAGAUAAAUCCUGAUGAAAGAGAAGAAAUGAAAGUUUCUGCAAAACUCUUCAUUGUAGGAUCAAACUCUUCAUCAUCAAUGAGAAAUGCAGUUGACAUGGCCUGUUCAGUUCUUGGAGUCGCACAGCUGGAUUCUGUGAUCAUUGCUUCACCUCCUAUUGAAGAUGGAGUUAAUCUCUCCUUGGAGCAUUUGCAACCUUACUGGGAAGAAUUAGAAAACUUGGUUCAGAGCAAAAAGAUUAUUGCGAUAGGUACCUCCGAUCUAGACAAAACUCAGUUGGAACAGCUGUAUCAGUGGGCACAGGUAAAACCAAAUAGUAACCAAGUUAAUCUUGCUUCCUGCUGUGUGAUGCCACCUGACUUGACUGCAUUUGCUAAACAAUUUGACAUACAGCUAUUGACUCAUAAUGAUCCAAAAGAACUGCUUUCUGAAGCCAGUUUCCAAGAAGCUCUUCAGGAAAGCAUCCCUGACAUCCAGGCGCAGGAGUGGGUGCCCCUGUGGCUACUGCGGUACUCCGUCAUUGUUAAAAGCAGAGGAAUUAUCAAGUCCAAAGGCUACAUUUUACAAGCUAAAAGAAGGGGUUCUUAACUAAGACUUAGGAUCAUAAUCUACUAACUUGUAUUUCCUUGAAUAUAAGAUAAAAUUGAGAUGUAUAAAAAUCAGUUACUGCUUGUAAAUGGUGUCAUGGAGGCUGAUAUUCUUCAGUUAUAUUUGACAACAUGUUAUCUGUCAAGUUUUGAAUACUUUUCUUGCCUCCAUAUCAGUUUACUCAUGUGUUUUCAUUAAACUAUUAUUUUCUAAUUGAAAUUGCCUAUAAAGAAAAUACUUGCAAUAUAUUUUUCCUUUAUUUUUAUGACUAAUAGAAAUCAAGAAAAAUUGUUGUUAGAUAUAUUUUGGGCUUAGGUAUCAGGGUAAUGUAUAUACAUAUUUUUUAUUUCCAAAAAUUAACUAAUGGCUUCUUAUUCUAUAGUGUAACUAAGCAAUUUAAUUACAAUUAUAAAAACUGAAAUACUGGAAGAUAUUUUUUCUGUUAUUGAUAAGAUGAUUAUAUCCCAGAGUAACUGGAGUGGCUUGGUUCUACUAGUAGGAUAGGUAAAAUUCAUUUCUUCAGUACAUGAAUGAAAACUUAAACUUAACUGUCCUAGCUGUAGUUUACCUAUAAUGAUUUAGUAUUCUAUUGCUGUGCCAUAUUUUCCUUGCUGUUAUUUCCAAGACAAACCAAAGUAAAUCUGAAAAAGACUAGAAGCUUUUAAAUUAUUAUUUGGGGGUUUUAUAAAAGCAACUGUUACCAUCUCCAGAUUCUUUAUAAUACUUGAUCCAUCCUUAAUAUUUUGCUGUUCAUUCAAGAAUAUUCAAUAAGUAUUGAGUGUUUAUCAUGUGCUGGGCACUGUGGGCUCUGGGGAGAAGGGGGGUCACAGAGAGUCAGAAUCAGUUGAGUAAAAUAUGUAACAUUUGCUCCUCACUAAUAACUGACUCGGAGGGACCAACAGCCAGAAAAGAGUGAAAAAAAUCUUUAAUUCAAGAGCAACAUUGUCUAUUUAGACAACUUUUAUUGAGACAUGGUCUUAACUAUAUUUAAAAGCAAAAUGAUAUAAUCAACACUUUAGAACUAGGAGAGGUUAUAGAUUGUUUAUUAUAAUUCUUCAUUAGUUUAAGAACCAGAAAAUAGCAAAUAAAUAAGGUGUGGUCUUUGAUAUAGACUACAGGUCUCCCUAGUUCUGUAAAUUUGUAUCUGUAACCCAAAUAGUUAGAAAAGUUCUUCAAAAACCUCUUGUAUGUCAAUCAGUACUUUUAAACCAUGUGUCUUAAUACAUGGUUUAUUUAAAAAAAAAAAAAAAAAAAACUACCA